AUGCUCCACUUGCUGAACCAUAGGUUAGAUCAUUCCGAGGAUUGUGAGAAGUGUUUCGUCUGCUUACUGGGACGUCUGGUUGACGAAUAUUGGGCACCAAACCCCUCCCUACAACUGGAAGUAAUCCUUUGUCGAUUAUGGAAGGAGUGCAGCAAAUUCUGGGAUACCCGUUCCACGGACCAACAGGAUUGCAUUGAGUUCCUGACCAGGUUGAUCUCCCAGAUCGACAACUCUACUGAUACGGGGGAUAUACAACAUAUAUUCCAAAAUGUCUUUAAAUACCGGAGCACUUGCCAAACCUGUCAGUACACCAAGUAUUCCGAAAAAGACCAUUCAUGGGUGCUGGGUGCUUCUCCACCGGAACAGAGAUUGGGAUCACUCGAGGACUGCAUUCAGGAGUAUAUGAAGCCAGAAGAAAUUGCAGGGUAUCAUUGUGAUAACUGUGAUAGCAACUCGACUCUUCAUCGGGAGAUGUUUAUCAAAGAUGCCCCUGAGGUGUUGGUUAUCCAGAUUACCAGAUUCAAGGUAUCGGAGAGUGGAGAGUCUUCUAAAGUGACGGCUGAGGUUCAAUUCGCCGAGGACCUAGAUCUGACGGAAAGGCUGCUCCCACAGGCGAGAGAAUUCGGAGAUAGUCUUCGCUAUCAACUCACUUCGGUUAUCGUCCACCGCGGUGCCACAAUAAAGGAGGGCCAUUAUAUGUCAUAUGUCAAAGGACCGAGAGGCACCUGGACCUGCUUGAAUGACGAAUUUUCCUGUGAAACCGACAUUAACGUCAUCCUUAGGUACCAGGAUGAUAAUAACGUUCCGUAUGUCCUAAUAUAUAACAGGCUACCCCUUUUUAGAGGAUCACCUGGGGCAAUUAACAACGGCCCAGCCAUUGCAGGGAGUUAUUCGCUCGCUGGAAGAAUUGAGCCUUAUCUACCAGCCCAUGCGAAUGAGACGCCUUCGGAUGAACGUGGGGUUUCAAAACAUAUUAUUACCCCUGGGCAACCCCAGACUCAGCAGGGUGAAGAAGCUACCAUGGAAAUAGGUGACGGCUCGACCGACUUGAUUGAAGUCUUGCGUAGCUCAAAUACUGGUCCCUCUGGCAGCCCCGACUCGAUUUUUCGGUGGGAGGUCCAGCCAGCAAAGGUCGACAUCGAAAUCACCAUGGGCGGAAGGGUCUUCAGAGGGGCCGUUCAGGGUCUGUUUGAAAGUGGGCAAAAGCGGCCCAGGCCUGACGACUUGAGAGAAGCCGGCGCAAUGCAGGAGGGUAGUGUGAACUCACCCCUUCGCCUCUAG